AUGACAGUUCCAGCUUCUGUGGCAGAUCCUUCAUGGUAUCUAGACACUAGUGCAUCGCAUCAUGUCACUUCAGAUAUAUCUUCUAUGAUUUCUUGCUUAGAGUACAUUGGCCCUGACCAGGUUCAAAUUGGUAAUGGAACAGAUGUUAUGAUUUCUUUCACAAUCUCAUUUGAAGAGCUCAAAGGUGUGAUCUGUGAAAAGAUUCAUUCUGAGAGGGCAAGAAGAAUAUCUUGUAUCCUAUAUAGAUAUCCUAUACAAGUGUUUGGUGGAUUCGUCCAGUUUCAAACCAAAUAUGUAACGGACGAAGCGAGCAUGCAAGAGAUAUUUUCAAUGUAUAUUGAAAAUCGGAGUCAACUCGCGUUCAUCGAGUUGUAUGUUGAGUUUGAGCAAUUUGAGGCCGACCGGAUUAUUCUAUGGGAAGAUUACAAUAGUGACAGUGAAGAAGAGUUCGAAAGUAACUACGAAGUUGUUGGUCCAGAUGGAGAUGAAGAUCAAGGUGACGGACCUAUGGCUCCGGAUGUGUCAGAUGUGGCAAAUGCACUGGCAAACGAAGUGCCGUUUGAGGAGCCAUUAUUCAUGCGAGUUUUGGAUUUGGAAGUCAUGCAUGUUCCGGAGUUUCUGGAUUAUAUCAGUGCAGAAAUUCCUUUUGUCACAGAUGGUGAAUUUGCCGUUGGGAUGGAAUUUAGUUCCAGGAAAGCUGUUAUAAAGGCGAUAAAAGAGUAUACCAUACGAAGAAGCGUAGACUACCGGGUGUAUGAGUCUGAGCCGUUGACAUUUUAUGCGAAGUGUACACAGUAUGGAUCAGGGUGUGAUUGGCUUAUCCGAGUUAGCAUGAUCAGCCGGAAGUACCGUUGGAUUAUAAGAAGGUAUAAUGGCAGUCACACUUGUACUAGAGCCAUAAUUUCUCAGGAUCAUUCGAAGCUGGAUUCGACCACAAUUGCAGAAGCAAUUAAAUUGUUGGUUGAGGCUGACCCCGUCUUAAAGAUAAAAUCGGUUAUAGCAGAGGUGCAAUCGAAGUUCAACUACACCGUUUGUUAUCAGAGAGCAUGGUUGGCUAAGCAAAAGGCAGUAGAAAAAAUAUUUGGAGGCUGGGAAGCAUUGUACGAAGCCUUGCCUAUAUGGUUUGAGGCCAUGUGUCAUAAGGAGCCAUCAGCUGUUGUUCAUUUUGAGACUAUGCCUGCAUAUCAGGGCGAUGACUUGGUAACUGAUAUUCGGGUAUUGUAUCGUGUCUUUUGGAGUUAUUACCCCUGCAUUAGAGCAUUCAAACAUGGUAAGCCAGUUGUCCAGGUGGAUGGGAUUCACUUGUACGGAAAGUACAAGGGUUGUCUACUAGUGGCAGUGUCACAGGAUGGCAACAACAAUAUCGUCCCAAUUGCGUUUGCUAUUGUGGAGGGAGAGACUUCUGAUGCAUGA